GCUACCCCUCUUGCGCGUCCAGCACCACUUCCGGGCACAGUCGCGGCGUGACGUCAGGAGGAGGGCAGCAACCCCAGAAAGUCAGCCCUGUCGCCCUCGUCCGCGCUUUACAGAUUGGCCACGUUGAGGGUGAGGACCAGUAGGCAGCUCCCAAGAUGGGUGAGAGGAAAGGUGUAAACAAGUACUACCCUCCGGAUUUCAACCCUGAAAAGCAUGGCUCUCUCAACCGAUACCACAACAGCCACCCGCUCCGGGAGCGGGCUCGGAAGCUGUCCCAGGGCAUCCUCAUCAUCAGAUUCGAGAUGCCAUAUAACAUCUGGUGUGAUGGCUGCAAGAACCACAUUGGCAUGGGUGUUCGUUACAACGCAGAAAAGAAGAAGGUUGGCAAUUACUACACGACCCCGAUCUACAGAUUCCGGAUGAAAUGCCACCUCUGCAUCAACUACAUCGAGAUGCAGACAGACCCUGCCAACUGUGACUAUGUGAUCGUGAGUGGUGCCCAGCGCAAGGAGGAGCGCUGGGACAUGGCAGACAAUGAGCAGGUGCUGACAACAGAGCAUGAGAAGAAGCAGAAGCUGGAGACAGACGCCAUGUUCCGUCUGGAGCACGGGGAGGCCGACCGAAGCACACUCAAGAAGGCCCUCCCCACCCUGAGCCACAUCCAGGAGGCACAGAGCGCCUGGAAGGACGACUUUGCCCUCAACAGCAUGCUGCGGAAAAGGUUCCGGGAAAAGAAAAAAGCCCUGCAGGAGGAGGAGGAGAGGGACCAGGCACUGCAGGCCAAGGCGAGCCUGGCCAUCCCCCUGGUGCCUGAGACAGAGGACGACCGCAGGCUGGCCGCCUUGCUCAAGUUCCAUACGCUGGACUCCUAUGAGGACAAGCAGAAACUCAAGCGGACAGAGAUCAUCAGCCGCUCCUGGUUCCCCUCGGCCUCAGGGCCCAGCAACUGCAGCAAAGCUGGCAGCGUCCUGAAGAAGCUGGCCCAGAACCGCAAAUCUGCACCUGCGGGCUCCCCCAUCACCGUGGGGGGCCUGGGUAUUGUUCGAAGGCAGUCCCGGGAGACCUCAGAGAGCCCACAGCAUGCUGCUGAGACCUCCACGUCUGGGAAGCUACCGGUGUCAGAGCGCACCACCCAGGACAUGCCCACAUCCCCCCAAGACUGCUCUCAGGAGACAGCCAAGACCCCCAAGACAAAGGAACCUCAAGGGCUGACUGGGGGCUGUCAGGACAGGCCCCGGUCCUCAUCAGGCUCCUCCCAGGAGGCAGCCGAUCCCCAGGACACGCCACACCCCUACACCCUCAACUCUUCCCUUGUGGCUGACUACUCAGACUCGGAAAGUGAGUGAUUACGGGACUGGACCACCAGCCCUCCGAGACCUCAAACAUUACCCCUUCCUCAGACCUCGCCUUCCCGAGGGAUGAAAUUAUUUAUUUGAUCCUGAAGAGGGGGAGCGGGUGUGUGUGCCGUGUAGGACAUCCCCCUUCCCCCCAAGACUUAUUAAAGCCCUGCUUCUUUGC